AUGGCGUCGCUGGAAGUGCUCGCGUACACGUUCGGCGUGCUGGCCGUGGUGCUGUUCGGCGCGGGCGCGUGCGCGUUCGCGGUGUACCGCGAGAUGAAGCAGGGCGGCCCCGACACGCCCGACUUCUUCCUCACGGCGCGCAAGUCCAUGUCCAUGCUCACCAUCGCGUGGUCGUUCUACGCGGGCGCGAUGGGGUCGUGGGCGCUGUUCGGGCCGCCGUCGUACUGCGCGUACGCGGGCACGCUGGGGAUGAUCAUGUACUCGAUAUCAGCAGGCCUGCCUAUCAUCGUAGUCGCGUACUUCGGCGCGGUCAUCCACCGCCUCGUGCCCUCCGUCGUCUCCAUGGCGGACUACGUGCGCCGCCGCUUCGGCCUCGGAGUACACGGCGGUAGGGAGUCUCUUCACGGACAUCAUCGGCUCCAAGAGCCUGCCCAUCAUCCUCGUUAUAGGCCUCGUCUCGCUCACCUACACCGCUAUUGGAGGGCUCUACGUGUCCAUUAUUACCGACCAGUGGCAGGCGGGCAUAUCAGUGGUGUUCGUGCUGGUGCUCUUCAUAUUCGUCUGCGCCACCACUGUUGA